AUGCCACCCAAAAAACCCAAAGUACCGCCAUGGAAAGAUAGUCCAGCACGCACUUUGCUUUACAAUCUGAUAGCUGAUGGGCAAAUUGAAGAUGGGGACGAUCCAAAGGAGGUUUACGAUACCCAUUGCAAAGACGCAGAUGAGUUCAAGCCCUACCCAUUCAGCGACACAUUUAUUGGCCGAUUGAAACGUCUUUUGCUAAGGAUAAAAGAAAAAGAUAGCCAAUCGGCACGAGAUGCAACAGCAUUGGUCCAUGAUCGACAAAUAUUUGCUCAACCAACACAGGACGUUUGGGGUGAGCCAAUGUGGCAGGGCUCGGUUGCACAAGAGAAAUUGAUGGAUGACAUCGAAGCUGGCAAGCAUCUUGAGCUGCUACCCAGGUUUUUACAUGCAACAAGAGACGAAUACAAAGUGUAUGCUCUUGAGAGAUUUCGGGAUCGCAUCUAUCAAGAGUGCAAGAAAAUGAAACGCGAGGCGUUCUUGUUCGACAAGACGGAGAAGAAGCGGGAGAAGCAGCUUGCAAAGCUCAAGAAAUAUAAUCUAGCUUAA